CAAACCUGUGUUUCUUCUUAGGGUUUUAAGCAAUUCAGAGAGGGGGGGAGAGAGAAAGAGAGAAUCUCUUUUCGACCGAAAUGGAGGGAGCAGAGGAAGUUGGAGCAGAUGAAAUGGUGGAUUCGAAGGACUUGCAGAAACAGAGCAAAGCCUUCGACAAGCUUACUGAUCGCGUCGAGGAUCGCCAGCUCGAUUCGUCUCGUGUUCAAUCGGCUAUGGCCUCGAUUGCUGCUUCUAGGGAGGCGGAUCUGAACGCCAAGAGAUUAAGGGAGAAGGAAUUGGCUUCUGUCAAGAUCAAUGCAGCAGAUGUUGAGAUUAUAAUGAACGAACUUGAGUUGGAAAAGAGUGUUGUCGAGAGGACUCUACGGGAGCAUAAAGGAGAUGCAGUCGCUGCUACACGAGAUCUGCUUUCCCGAUAUCCUCUCUGACGAACUAAUACAAGGCUGGUGAGGCUUCGUUUUAUUUCUUCUUUUUUUCCAAACCAAAGAGUCGGUCCAUUUUUUUUUCUUUGUUUGUGCUGCAAGUAACGUAACGCCAGGUUGAAUUGAUCAAAUCUCCUUUGUUUUGAAUCUAUUUCUGGGGGCUUUACAUAUUUAUACAAUGAUAUUCACUUUGGGUU